AUGGAUACAUACAUGUAUGUGCAAACAAUUACGAAAGGUAUUUAUAAUCAAGAGAUCAUUGACCACAAGAUUUUGACGAACUUAACACAAAGGCUUACAGCAGCCACGUCAUCUUCAUCAAAACUAUAUCCAGGUGAUCUUUCCACUGUAACAACGACGGUCAAAGACCUAGCUGAUAUGGUCAGAAAUACAACUGCAUCAUCAUCAAUUCUUUCAUCCAUAGCGCAGGGAUAUGGAGAUGCUGUGGGCAACAUUGUAGAUCCCUCAUUGCUUCCUGUAUGGACUUAUACCUCAACGGACUUUGUUCAGACAAAUAUGCUGUCAAUUCUGUCAAGUGUUGAACUAUUAUCUGCAAACCUUGCAGAGAAAACAUCAAGAUAUAUGAACAGACACCGACGGGAGAUCAGUAAAUAUACAGCAAAAGAAACAAUGAAUGUGAAAUCAAAAAAUCUAGAAUUUCAUGUUUCGUUCCACGAACGCGUAGCAAUCUGUGAGGAUUACACUGUCAUUCAUUUAGGAGACAAUGCAUCUAAUGCUGUUACAUUAACAUCAUCAGUAUUUGAAGCAGCUGUUAAAAAUUCACCAGAUCACUACAUACAAGUAUUUACGGCAAAAUAUUCUUCAAUUGCUGGUGUGUUAGAUGCAAAAGAGUUGAAAUCAAAUGAUGAUUCUACAAGAAACAGUCCAUAUAUUAUCUCUGACAUCAUAUCCAGUAGUGUUCUGAAUGUUAACCAAGAUGUAUUCCAACAUUUGGCAAAACCUGUCACUAUUAUGGUGGAAAUAAAGAAAAAUACAACGAUAUUUGAUUUAAAGGAAAAAUGUGUAUUUCUGAACAUGUCCUCAAGUGGCGGUAAUAUUUGGACAAGUGACGGAUGUAAACUGGACACAGCAUUAUCCAACGACACUCAUAUUGCUUGUAAAUGCACACACUUGACUAAUUUUGCUGUCCUUAUGGAUGUUUUCGAAAUACAGGAUCAAAUUGACUAUACAGAUUAUACAAUACUGACUUACAUAUCAUACAUUGGUGGUGUGAUGUCUGUAUUAGCCUGUGUCAUUACAGUCAUAGUCUUCCAGUUUUUCAGUUUGCACAAAGAGAGAGUACGGGUACAUAAACAGCUUGCAAUUUCAAUCAUUCUGGUUCAGGUUUUCUUCCUGGUUGGAAUCGAUCGAACGGAAAACAAGUAUGUUUGUACAGCCAUGGCUUCACUGCUGCAUUAUUCCCUAAAUUCAAUGUUUUGUUGGAUGCUAAUAGAAGGAUUUCAUUUGUAUGUGAUGCUUGUUAAAGUCUUCAGCAGGAGAGCUAACUUCAAGAAAUAUAUGUUGUUUGGAUGGGGGCUCCCCCUUCUAGUGGUAGGAAUAUCCGUUGGCACAUUACACGACCAAUACGGAGGAAAAAACAGGUGUUGGAUAUCCCAUAACGUUCUAUUAUGGACAUUUGUACCUGUAGUAGGAAUAGUUAUAUUGGUGAAUUCUAUCAUCUUGAUAAUUGUUCUCCGUAUUAUGAUGAAAUCAAUGUUGAGCAGAGCUAACUCAGAGGAGAGAUCAGCUGUUAAGGCAGGACUAAAGGCAGCUGCCAUACUUUUACCAUUACUUGGAGUCACCUGGACGUUAGGAUUUUUUAGUGUCAAUAAUCGAGAGACAGUGAUUUUUACCUAUCUUUUCACAACGUUCAAUUCAUUGCAGGGUGUUUUCUUCUUUAUUUUCCACUGUUUGUUAAACACAGAUGUGAAAAAUGCAUUUGAGCGAAGAUCCCAAAGAAGAAGCAUGACAAAAAUAUUAAACGAGUCACUUAGCCAGGAAAGUAAACAAAGGAAAUCAUCAACACUAAAAACUAUCGUAACGAGUAAAUCCUCGAUUAAUAGUAUUUUGACCGAAGAAUCAUACUUAGACAGAAAGAAAUACCAAAAGAUGAACAACAACGAAAACGAACGAAUCCACAGAGACAAUAAUAUCACAACUCUGUUUGAUAAGAACUAUCAUUUCUGUUUACAAAGAUCAAUCAGUGACGGCGUACCACGGUGGCAAAAUAUCAACAAAGAUUUCACAUUUUAUACAGGGAAGGAAAAUAUAAAUAUGUUAAACGGUACAUUAUCCAAUGAAAAAAGCUCCGAUAAUGGACAUCAAUAUGCGUUGAAGCAGGAUGAACAAUUUUCGACCGACUUUCGUAUAGAGGAUUUAUACAGCAAACCACUUAGAAAACGAACGGUAUCAGAAGAAAAUAAGGAGAAUAGCCGUGUAAGAUUUGACGAUAGCGACGAAAGUAACAACCAGAAUAAGGAAAGGACAGACAAUUUGAAAGACGCGUUAGUCAAUGAAUUAAAAGAAAGAUUGCAGUAAAAUGGAUUGUUAACAUGGCUGAAUAUUGUACAUGUAUAAACAACAGUUUCAUAUCAUAUAAAAUAUUACAUAUCAUAUUAUAAUUUAUACAAAUUCUUGGUUAAUCGGUUUAUUUUAUUGAUCAAUGAAGAUAAGAAAUCUUAUAAAACAUUUUUUUAGCUCCGCCUCUAUUGUCAUUACGAGUGAGGGAGCUUUUCGGCGGUUUGAAUUUAAUUGCAAAGCUAGCUAAGAGAAAUUCGUAGCAUUUUCAACAUUAUAAAUGAAGCAUUAUUA